AUGAUAUCUUUUUGUACUGAAUUUAAUGAUUGGAGACAGAGGGAAGAAAUAAGCACUUCAACUAGGUUUGUUCAACACAGAGGAGUAAAAUUUAAUAAAAAUAAAACUGUAACUACAAGGAAGUAUUAUUGUCACCGCUCUGGAGUAUUUAAUAGUAAAAGUAUGGGAAAACGUUCCUUAAAAAUUACUGGAUCGUGUAAAAUAAAUCAAUGCUGUCCUUCAUUUAUUCGAAUAGUAGUUACAGAUAAUAACGUUAACGUCACUUAUUGUAAGACACAUCAUGGACAUCAGAAUGAUAUCAAAUUUUUCCCAAUCCCUUCUUCUGUUCAGGAAACAAUUGCUGAUAAAAUUAAAAAUGGAGUAACUCCUAAUGCCAUUAUUGAUCAAAUCCGUGACAAUUUUGAUAACAAAAUUGAAAAAAAAAACAUCAUAACUACGAAAGAUGUUUACAACAUUUCCACUAAGUUUGUAUUACUUCACAAGUAUAAAUUACAUGAUAUUGAUGCUCUAAGUGCGGACCUUCAAGUAAAACGAUUUGCCAAUAGUUCUUCAAAUCCAAUUGUUUUUUAUAAAACACAAGGAACAGAAUAUCCACCAUUAGACUUAGAUGAUUUUAUGUUAAUAAUACUCACUGAAACUCAAAAAGCUGUUUUGCAUAAAUUUAGUAAUGGGAAAUUGUGUAUUGAUUCUACACAUGGUACCAAUCAAUACAAUUUUAAUUUAACUACAAUUGUAGUGAUUGAUGAAUUUGGAGAAGGAUACCCUGCUGCAUUUUGUAUAAGCACAAAAAUUGACGAAGUACAUAUGAAAGUUUUCUUUUCAAAAAUUAAGGAGGUAAUGGGCUGCUUUACUCCAAAUGUAUUCAUGAGUGAUGAUGUGCCAGCAUUUUGGAACGCAUGGAUUAACAUAAUGUGGCCUAUUCCUCAACAUCGUUUGUUGUGUAAGUGGCAUAUUGACAAUAACUGGCGCAAGAAUCUAAAAAAAAUUUCUGGUUCUCAAAAUGUAAAAGCUUACGUUUAUAAAACUCUUCGUGUAUUACUUGAAGAACCAAAUGAAACUCAGUUUGAAGAACUUUUAAAUUCUUUUCUUUCUAAAUUAGAAGAGGAACCAGCAUUGCAUAAUUUUAAAACAUACUUUGAGCGUACAUAUGUACAUCGGAAAAAGUUAUGGGCAGCUUGCUAUCGACAUCAAGUAAUGCUUAAUACAAAUAUGGUAUUGGAAGCUUUCCAUAAAACUUUAAAACAUGUAUACUUAAAGGGGAAGAAAAAUCAACGCCUAGAUGUGUUACUCUGGCAUUUACUUAAAUCAUUACGCGAUAAAAACUUUGAACGACUAAUAAAACUGUGCAAUGGUGGAAAAGUUAAUCACUACGUAAAUGCUAUUAAUAGUCGUCAUCGUGCUGCUGCUCAGAUUAAUAUUUCUGGAAUUCAUCAAGUAUCAGAAAUCACUUGGUCUGUAACAUCUGAAACUUUAGAUCAAAAUUACCUGGUUAAUAAACAUGAACUAUGUUCAUGUAAAAUUAUAUGUGUUGCGUGUAAAGUCUGUAUUCAUUUGUUUUCUUGUACGUGUUACUAUUACACAAUAAAAAAUAAUAUGUGCAAGCAUAUACAUGCUGUAAACAUUAAUAUGGUUGACAAUGAAGUAGUGAUUCCAAGAACUGAUGUAUGUAAUCCCUUAAUAACUGAUGAAGUAUGUAUGAAAAUUCCAAUCACACAACAACUGUCUUCUGUAUCCACAGAAUCCAUUGGUAACAAACUUUAUGAAUUCUAA